ACUCAUCAGCCUUUUUUCCUAUACAGAGUGCAGCUUUCUUUGUUUCUAGUUUUUCGGCCUGAAAUUCAAGCAACAAUUAAAAAAUAUCCAUAUCCCCAAAACCUGUCAACUGAUUAAGUAGCAUUGACAUAUUCGCCCAAACCCACCCCCACCCACCCAGCCUCGCUUCCAUCUUACUCACGCUCAACACAAACGAUGGAUAGGUAUCAGAGGGUGGAGAAGCCCAAGGCAGAUACUCCUAUAAACGAGAACGAGAUCCGCAUUACUACUCAAGGAAGGAUGAGAAAUUAUAUCACCUAUGCCACCACUCUUUUUCAAGAGAAAGGAUCUGAUGAAAUUGUUCUUAAAGCAAUGGGACGUGCAAUCAAUAAGACUGUAAUGAUUACUGAGCUAAUUAAGAGAAGGAUUGUUAGUCUGCAUCAGAUCACUCAAAUUGGAUCAACUGAUAUAACCGACACAUGGGAGCCACUUGAAGAGGGCCUUCUUCCUUUGGAGACUACUCGUCAUGUUUCAAUGAUCACAAUUACCUUGUCGAAGAAAGAGCUCGAUACAUCCUCCACAGGAUAUCAACCUCCUCUUCCAGCUGAUCAAGUUAAACCUUUAAAUGAAUAUGAAGAGGAAGCAGGCUCACCAAGGAUGCGAGGAAGGGGGCGUGGUCGUGGAAGGGGCAGAGGUAGAGGUAGAGGAAUGUACAAUGGGGGUAUGGAAUAUGGUGAUGGUUGGGAUGGUGGACGUGGCUUUGGAGGCCGAGGGCGUGGCCGCUCGUGGGGCCGUGCUUUCCAAGGACGGGGACGAGGAGGCUAUGGUGCCCAACCAGUUGGGUAUUACGACAAUGGUGAAUAUGAUGCACCACCCGCCCCUCGUGGGCGAGGUCGUGGAAGGGGAAGAGGUCGUGGUCGUGGACGUGAUGCAGGCCGUGGAGCACCUGCUUAUAUUGCAGCAUGUUCCUGCAGUUUUGUUUUUGUAGUUCAUUCCCUUGUAACACCUAUAAUUUUAUGUUCGGCAGAAACGGCGAUGAGACCGCGACCACAUAACCCUACUCAUCAGCGUUUUUACCCUGCGUGUGUAGCUUACUUGCUUUCUUUUCUGGGACUCAAAUUGAAACCACAAAUAAAAUCCAUAUCCCCAAAACCUGUUAACUGUGUAGCAUUGACAUAUUCGCCCAAACCCACUCACCCAGCCUCUCUUUCUUUUCACUCACGCACAACACAAACGAUGGAUAGGUAUCAAAGGGUAGAGAAGCCCAAAGCAGAUACUCCAAUAAGCGAGAACGAGAUCCGCAUUACUACUCAAGGAAGAAUGAGAAAUUAUAUCACUUAUGCCACCACUCUCUUUCAAGAGAAAGGAUCUGAUGAAAUCAUUCUCAAGGCAAUGGGACGUGCAAUCAAUAAGACUGUAACGAUUACUGAGCUAAUAAAGAGAAGGAUUGUUGGUCUGCAUCAGAACACUCUAAUUGGAUCAACUGAUAUAACAGACACGUGGGAACCGUUAGAAGAAGGCCUUCUUCCUUUGGAGACUACUCGUCAUGUUUCAAUGAUCACAAUUACCUUGUCAAAGAAAGAGCUCGAUACAUCCUCCAUAGGAUAUCAACCUCCUCUUCCAGCUGAUCAAGUAAAACCUUUGAAUGAAUAUGAAGAGGAAGGAGAAGGCUCACCAAGGAUCCGAGGAAGGGGGCGUGGCCGUGGAAGGGGCAGAGGUAGAGGUAGAGGAAUAUACAAUGGGGGUAUGGAAUAUGGCGAUGGUUGGGAUGGUGGACGUGGCUAUGGUGGCAGAGGGCGUGGCCGUGCAUGGGGCCGUUCUUUCCAGGGACGAGGACGAGGUUAUGGUGCCCAGCCUGUGGGGUAUUAUGACAAUGGUGAAUAUGAUGCACCUCCUGCCCCACGUGGCCGAGGUCGUGGAAGGGGAAGAGGCCGUGGACGUGGUCGUGAUGCAGGCCGAGGAGCAGCUGCUUGAUGACCUGGUUGUUGGUUGUCAUGUAUAUGUUCAGUUAGAAGAGGGUUGCCUCUCUGCUUAGUUAUUUGUUAGAUUUGCUUUUAUCUUGGUAUUAUUUGAAGGGUUCACUGUUUUGCAGCCAUGUUCCUGCAGUUUUGUUUUUGUAUUUGCUUCCUUGUAACAUCUAUAAUUUUAAAUUCGGCAGGUUUAGCAUUGUUCUGUCCCAAAAUUUGACCAUCGCAGUCUCGUGGUAUGCAACUGUUUAGUUGUAGCUUCAGCCAUUUGUGCUCUAUUUACACUAUUGCAUUCCAGUUUGUUGUAAUUUGAUUUUACUCCACAAAUGAAAUUUAUUCUCAAUUUUUAUA